AAUUUGUUUUUGGCGCGAACUUGGUAAAGACCUCGUUAUUCUUAUUCUCCUCGAUCUCGCUGUGUGGACCAACUACACAUUUUGUGUUUGGAGAAUAUUUUAUGUUGUGAUUGACUUGCAUUUCGAUAAAACUCGAUUUUAAAAUGGCGCCCCUUAAAGAAAGUAAAAUGAGCGAAUAUGAAUUGCAAAGAGUAAAAAAUAUGGAAGAAAAUCGACGUAUUUUGGAAAGCAUUCGUCAAGAACAGAUUUACAAAUUCGAAGCCUUGCAGCCAGCUGUUGUCAAGAAGAAAGAAAGAAAACCGGCAGAAGCAAGGCCCAAGAAAAAACCAAGAAUUGAGACUGAAGGACAGCCAGAAGGUGCUGAAGUUGAUGACGGUAGAAGAAAAUCUUCCAGAAUCAGUGGCAAGGCCCCCGACAGGUCUAAAGGCAUUGGUGAUGACGAUUCAGGUGAUGAUGAUUAUGAGGCAGAUGAGUAUGACGAUGAUGAUUCAGAAGAAGAGGAUGGUGAGGGAAGAAAGAGGAAACGAGUGAGAGGACCGCAGCAGAAAAUUAUUGUUCCCAAGAAUCGUCCCAACUUUUACGGUGCCGUACCGGGAGUGGAAAUUGGCCGAAUUUGGGAAAUGAGAAUGCAUGCAUCGGCCGAUGGAGUUAUGCGUCCCCCAGUAGCUGGAAUUCACGGAGGUCCCGAAGGAGCUUAUUCGAUUGCCCUUUCUGGUGGCUACGAGGACGACAUGGAUCUUGGCGAUUGUUUCACUUACACGGGAGAAGGCGGUCGAGCACUCAAAGGCACCAAAGCCAAUCCCAAGAACCUCCGAACUGCUCCGCAGAGCAAAGACCAGACUUUGACUAAAGGCAAUUUAGCUCUCAGUUUAAACAUUGAAACGAGGAAACCAGUUCGAGUCAUUCGUGGAUACAAGGCCAAUACCGAAUUCACCCCCGAAUACGGCUACCGUUACGACGGAUUGUAUACGGUGGAAAAGUAUUGGUUGUGUGUUGGCAAGUCUGGCUUCAAAGUCUUCAAGUUCGCCCUUAGGAGAUGCCCCAAUCAAGCGCCUCCACCGUGGGUCACCGAUAAACGGAAAAAGACGGAAAAGAAAGAAGAAUCAAACCAAAGUGAAGAAGAUAAAGACAAGCAGGAAGAUGAGUCGGUCGACAAAGAAAAUCGUGAUAAAAGCCUCAACUCCCCUCCACCAGCUUCUUCUUCGGAAUGAAUUGAAAACUCCGUUUUUAUUGAACAAUUUCAAUUAAUUUCUCGGGUGAAAUGUUCAUUUGAUCCAAAUUGACGUCCAGCAUCGAUUGCAAAAUUCCUGUUUUAAAUGAAACAAAAGUGUCAGCGGAAAUAAACGGAAAUGUGUGCCUUUUU